UCUUUGCAUGAACAUUUUUAUCGUUGAGAAAUUAAACACAGCAUUUUCCUCUUCUCGAAAAAAAUUAAAAAAUUAUAUAUAGGUAUAUUGAAGACAGCGUUACCAGGACAAAUGGACUGCAAAUAUGCUGCCUAAUCAUGUAUAAUCUGCAAGUAUAAUCUUACAUAAUUAAUAUUACGUUAUCUAUACAUAAAUUAUUUUCUUCACAGAUGGACAAGGAAGAAAAGGAAGAAAAGAAGGAGGAAAUGAAAAAGAAAGAGGAUAGAAGAAACAGGAGAAAGAGGUCUAAGGAACGAAGUCGGAUAAGAGGGAAGAGAAAGGAGAAUCUGAGGCCGUCAACGUCGCAAAUAAAAACAAUUUCCGAUGAUGCAGACGCCGCGGAGAAGGAAGAGGCCGAAGCGGACGGCGGGUGACGAGUGG